GAUAUCUCGUCUUCACUUCAACAUCAAACUCACCGUCGUUUCCCGGCGGAGUCGUGUUGAUACUUGGAGCGGGACCGGGGUCGGGGUCGGGGGCUGAGACUGUGACGGAGGCGGGAAAAACCAAAAACACUCUUAAAUAUCUUUCCUCAAUCUCCUUCAAUGUCACAAAAUUCCAAAUCCCCCAUUCAGUAUCCAGCUUUACUAUCCAAAUCCAUGGCGUUUGAGUCACAGUCCCACAAAAAGGAUUACUCCCCCGAGGUAAGCGGUGCUGGUGUUUUCGACGAUGUUUAUGCCAUCCCGAUGCUUCCCAAACAACAACUUGAAGUCGACAGCAACGCGAAACCCCACUUCAAUUUCCAGCUUCCGGAUCCUAGGCUUGCCGUUAAAGAUUUCUUUAGGACUAGAGAAGUUGCUGAGUUUGUUAGUGGGGCCAUGGCAGGGGCUAUGACAAAAGCUGUGCUUGCUCCUCUUGAGACAAUCAGGACGAGAAUGGUUGUUGGUGUGGGAUCAAAAGAUAUUGCCGGUAGUUUUAUUGAGGUUAUUGAGCAGCAAGGCUGGCAAGGUCUAUGGACUGGAAAUGCAAUCAAUAUGGUUCGCAUAAUUCCUACUCAGGCAAUUGAAUUGGGAACAUUUGAGUGCGUAAAAAGAGCAAUGACAUCAUCACAGGAGAGGUGGAGUAAAACUGAAAAACCAAGCAUACAUUUUGGCCCUGUCAAUUUACAAUUUUCACUCUCCUGGAUUUCUCCCGUUGCUGUGGCUGGUGCAGCUGCUGGUGUCGUUAGCACUCUUGCAUGCCAUCCUCUUGAAGUUUUAAAGGAUCGCUUGACAGUUAGUCCUGAGGUUUAUCCCAAUUUAAGUGUUGCAGUUAGCAAGAUUUACAGAGAUGGUGGCCUUGGUGCAUUUUAUGCGGGUAUUUCACCUACACUUGUUGGCAUGCUUCCUUACAGUACGAGCUAUUAUUUCAUGUACGAGACUAUGAAGAAAACAUACUGCCUAAAAAAGAAGAAGAAUUCUCUAAACCGCAUAGAGAUGCUUCUGGUUGGAGCUCUUUCAGGUUUCACUGCAAGCACAAUCAGUUUUCCAUUGGAGGUGGCUAGAAAACGGCUGAUGGUAGGAGCUCUACAAGGGAAAUGUCCACCAAACAUGGCAGCUGCAAUUUCUGAAGUGAUUCGAGAGGAAGGGCUUAAAGGACUCUACAGAGGAUGGGGAGCUAGCUGUUUGAAAGUCAUGCCUUCUUCUGGCAUUACCUGGAUGUUUUAUGAGGCUUGGAAGGACAUGCUUUUGGUCAACAGGAACCAUCUAUAACGUUUCUCAGCCCCUACAGUUUUUCAAAAAAAUUUCCCCCUUUUAUUUAUUUGAAAUGUUCAACCUGGACCCACUUUGGUCUAAUUUUAAAUGUCUGUGGGUGGGUGUCAGUUGGUAAUACAAUAUGAGUGGCUCGGGAUGAGUGCACUAUUAUCUCGAGGUCUUGAAGAUCUAUGUUCAAUGUUGAGUUAAAUUUUGAUGAAAAUCGAAAGAAUAGAUGGUUUAAAAAA